AUACUCGAGUCAAUAAGUUUGCUCAAAACCAGAGGAAUUUUGUUGAGAGAAGAAGGCACUCUUCCUUCGUCGGAGGCAGACGCCCGAUCCCCCUGUUUCUAGAGAGAGAGGGAAGAUCUCCUGUGUCUCGAGAGAGAGAGAGAGGCAGACGCCUUUUCCACAGUGUCUAAAUAGAGGAGAGAGAGCAAUGGCGAUCCCACCAAAAACCCCGUUCUCUCACCUCCUUCCCUUCAUCCUCUCCCUCUCCCUCUCCCUACUUCUUUCCCUCUCUCUAACAUCGGCUGAGAUCCACUUCUCUGAGAUCCGUUCCGACUCCCGAUCCAUAAUCCCCUUCGACGAGUUUGGCUUCACUCACACCGGCCGCCUGGAGCUCAAUGUCUCCCACAUUUCUCUCUCUAAACCCCUUCAAGACCUUGAUUCAUCUAAGCUAGGUUUCUUUCUGAGCACUCGCGAUUCAUGGCUCCAUGUCCUAAACCAGAUCCAAGACCUGGAGAUCUCAUGCGCUCUUCAAUCCCAUUUGGUUAGCGUCGUUUACUCUUUCUCCAACCUCAACUCUAAUUCCUCGUUUUCCACUCUCUUUUCUCAAUCUGAUGCCAAUCAAUUCACACUGGUGUUCGCGAAUUGUAUCCCGGGCCUGGGAAUUUCCAUGGAUGUGCGCUCUGCUAUGUAUAAUGUCGAUCCCAAGACUGGUGCCCGCAAUUAUCUGUCAGCUGGAGAAACCCCCCUUCCUCGCAUUUUUUUCUUCCUCUUCCUCGCUUAUUUUGGUUUAUCUGGCCUUUGGAUCCAUGUCUUGCUCAAGAAGAGGCUCACUGUUUAUCGAAUCCAUGUAUUCAUGCUCGCUGUCUUGAUUUUGAAGGCCCUAAACCUAGUUUGUGAGGCUGAGGAUAAAUCAUAUAUCAAGAGAACUGGAAGCGCUCAUGGCUGGGAUGUUCUCUUCUACAUCUUCAGUUUUCUUAAGGGGAUUACUUUGUUUACCCUAAUUGUUCUUAUUGGGACUGGCUGGUCUUUUAUCAAGCCCUAUCUCCAAGACAAGGAGAAGAAAGUGCUCAUGAUUGUGAUCCCUCUCCAAGUUGUGGCCAACAUUGCGCAGGUUGUGAUUGAUGAGAGUGGACCUUAUGCUCAAAACUGGAAACAGAUUUUCCUCUUGGUCGAUGUUGUUUGUUGUUGCGCUGUGCUUUUCCCCAUUGUUUGGUCCAUAAAAAACUUGCGAGAAGCUGCACGAACUGAUGGAAAGGCUGCUGUUAACCUAAUGAAGCUCACUUUGUUCCGGCAAUAUUACAUUGUGGUCAUAUGCUACAUUUACUUUACAAGGGUCGUUGUUUAUGCGCUUGUCACCAUUACUUCUUAUCGAUAUCUUUGGACCAGUGUGGUGGCUGGGGAGCUUGCCACUCUUGGGUUCUAUGUGUUCACUGGGUAUAAGUUCAGGCCUGAGGUGCAUAACCCGUACCUUGUGAUUGAUGAUGAUGAAGAGGAGGCGGCAGCUGAGGCAUUGAAACUCGAAGAUGAGUUCGAGUUGUGAUUUCUGAUUCUCUUUUGUUCUUCGGUUUUGAACAUUAAACAGAGGAAUGCUUUGGGGGCGUAUAUACAACUCGGGAUGGAAAAUUGAUCCAUGCAGUGAUGGAAUUAUAGAAGAAUUAAGGUAGCACAAUGUAUUUCAGAAAGGAUCGUUGAAUUUGGAACCAGGAUACACUCUCUGUGUGCAUGUGUAAUUUCUGUUUUUCGGUCUCCCUUUAUGAUUGGUUUUUAGUCUGGUAGGAUUUUCAGAUUUUUUGAUGCUUCUUGUUGGGUUACUGGAACUCUGAUACUACUUCUUGUUUUUGAAUCAUAUGCAUGAAAAAUAUAUACAUUUUGAAAUUUA